UUGAAGUGACUUCGGAAGGUGUAUUUAAAAGAAAAAAUGAUUUCUCAAUUUAAAUUGAAACUCAAUUAUAAAAUAUUAAUUGGUCUAGCCUUUUCCGGGUUCGUUUUGUUGUGUUCUGGAAUCUACAUCGGCACGAAAGUAUUCCCAGAAAUAGUAAUCAACAAAAUAUGGGAGGUCAAAGUGCUAAAAGAAAACACAGAACAGUGGGAUAUAUUCAUGAAGGUGCCUUUUCCGUUCACUUUUAAGGUAUACAUUUUUGACAUACAAAAUCCUGAUGCGAUCUUACAGGGUGGAAAACCAGUUGUGAAGGAAGCUGGUCCUUACGUCUAUAAAGUUUAUAAAUGGAAAUCAGAGGUAGAAUGGCAAUCAAACGACAUUUCCUACUAUAGGUACAUGAGAUUUGAAUUCGACAAGGAAGCUUCUGGAAAAUAUGCGGAAGAGGAUAUGGUUACUAUUCUAAACACCCCUUACAACACUAUGCUAUUAACCGUCGAGGCAACUCAGUCUAACAUGCUGUCGAUGCUGGAAAGCGUUACUCCCGGCGUCUUUAGUGAGAACGACGGGCUCUUCAUCAAAGUCAAAGUGAAGGACUACCUCUUCGACGGACUGAAGUUGUGCGUGAAUGGAGGAAAAGAGGGCGGUUUCGCUGUCGGGAUGGCAUGUAAACAAAUCGCUGCCAAAGUCAACGAAACCAACAACAUGAGGAUGGUGGACAACACUGUACUUUUCUCGAAUUUAUAUUAUAAAAACGUAAGUCAUCAAGGAAGAUUCACCAUCAACUCGGGUAAGGAUAACAGAGAAGAAACGGGAGUUCUGAAGCAGUUCAAUGGCAAAACCUACAUCUCCACUUGGUUAGGCGAAAAGUCUACAUGCAACAAAAUUCGAGGGGUCACCACUGUUUUCCCUGCCCAAGUGAAAAAAUCUAUGGUGUUUGAGUCGUUUGCGGAAGACAUAUGCAGGGCCAUGUCGUUGAGAUUCGAAAAAGAAAAGAAGGUGAAAGGUAUCUUGGGCUACAGGUUUGUAGCAGCAAACGAUUCCUUCAGCGUUGCGAACGAAGACAACUCAUGUUAUUGCGUCAAUAAGAGCAGAACACUAGAAGGAGAGUUUGGUUGUCUUAAAGAUGGAUUGGGUGAUUUAACCACUUGCACAGGUGCACCCGUAUUAGUGUCUUUUCCUCAUCUACUUCACGCUGAUCCGGAAUAUAUUUCGAGCGUGGUGGGACUGCAGCCCAACGCUUCGAAACACGAAACUUUCCUCACUCUGGAACCGAUAAGCGGAUUUCCUUUGGAACUGGCUCAAAGGGUUCAGUUCAACAUGUUCAUCAGGCCAUUCGAAGCCAUCAGCAGCUUGGAGAAUGUAACAAAAGCUCUGAUUCCUCUGCUCUGGGUUGAAGAGUCAACUGUCCUGGGGGACAAAUACGUCGACAAACUGAAGAACGAACUGUUCAAAAAUUUGAUGAUACUCGACGUCAUCAAAUGGGGGUUUAUAGGAAUCGGAGUAGCAUUAGUAAUGUCAGCUUUCUUCUUGUUUAUUUAUGUGAAAUCGCCUUGAUUUGAAAUCGUGCAGCACCCUUUCUUGAAUUGAUGUAACAAAUAUAUCGUUAUUAUCAU